UAACGGAUUGAGCACAUUGCAUCAUUACUGUGUUGAACCAGCGCGUGCGCAGACGCAAUGAAGACAGCUAUUGUAGUGUGCGCGAUUUUAUACUCUGUGGUCUGCAAUGAGGAGGAUUUCCGGAUAAUUGACUCCAUAGUUCAAGAAAAGCCAUGCUCAUCAGUGGGAGGCAUCUGUACAAUUGCAGCUGACUGUCCCAAGGGCCAUUUGUCUGAGAAGACUGACCUUUGCCCUUCACAGCAAAAGCAGGGAGUGGAAUGUUGUUUCGGUCUGUCCCUCAAAGAAACGAGAUGUGAAAAACACGGUGGAACAUGUAAGAAACAAUCCCAGUACUGCAACCCUCGACUUGUUUUUGACGCUUCGGAUUGCGGCUCAGAUGAAAAGUGUUGUAUCCUUACCUUGUAAUUAUAUACUUGGUCUUACUACAAAAAAAAAGACAUUAAAACUGCGUAAUACGUCUAUCUUUUUAAAUUCAAAAGGUUCAAGAAGAAAUUUGAUUUGAAUUAUUUCUGUUAUUGGCUUAUGGCCUUAUGUUUUGUUUUUGGCUUUAGCAUGUUUUGAAAAUUUGUUUGUAGCUGUGGUUUGUAGUAAGAUCGAAAAUAUUUUACAGCAAUAGUUUAUUUGACAUUAUCUAUUGAAUUAAAUAUUCUUGAAAAUAUA